UCUCUCUCUCUCUCUCUCUCUCUGCAGAUGGGAAAUGCUUCUGAAAACUCCUUUAUUUCCACCAUAUCUAAAGAGCAAGACUUUCUUCUGGGGAUGAUCUACAGCAUCUUUGGUUUCUUCUCUCUGACAGGGAACACGCUCUUGCUGUUGGUGGCCUACCAGAAGAAGUCUCUUAAACCAGCCGAGUUUUUCAUCGUCAAUCUCUCCAUCAGUGACCUGGGCAUGACCGUCUUUCUCUUCCCCUUCGCUAUUUCCUCGGCUUUCUCUCACAGAUGGCUCUUCACUGAAUCAGUUUGUUUGAGUUAUGCGUUCUGCGGCGUGCUCUUUGGCCUCUGCAGUCUCAGUAAUCUCACCGCCCUGUCCUCCGUCUGCUGGUUUAAAAUCUGCUGCCCGAACUACGGAAACAAGUUCUCCUCGUCCCACGGCAGGUUGCUGGUGCUCGGGGUGUGGUGCUACUCCGCCAUCUUCGCGGUAGGUCCUCUCUCCGGCUGGGGUCAGUACAGUUACGAGCCCUACGGCACCGCCUGCUGCAUCGACUGGUUUGCUCCUCACCACAGCAUCCUCGCCAUGUCUUACAUCAUCUGCCUCUUCUUCUUCUGCUACAUCCUGCCUUGCACCAUCAUCUUCCUCUCCUACACCUUCAUCCUGGUGACGGUGCGCGGGUCUCGACAGGCCAUCCAGCAGCACAUGUCUCCACAGAACAAGAUCAUCAACGCUCAAACACGCAUCAUCAAGCUCUCCGUGGUUGUAUGCAUUGGCUUCCUGAUAGCGUGGAGUCCGUACGCCGCCGUGUCCAUGUGGGCGGCCUUCGUGAACCCGAAAGCAGUUCCUCCGCUAGCGUUUGCCACAGCGGCUGUGUUUGCCAAAUCCUCCACGCUUUAUAACCCCCUGGUCUACCUGGGCUUCAAACCCAACUUCCGCAGGUCCCUCCGCAGACAGACGUUGUGCUCGUGCCUGUGUCAGCCGGAGACGGGGCGUAAAAAGGCAGACAGGGAAACUUGCCGGUCCGCUCACAACUCCAAUGGACCUCAGAAAAGUCACAGAACGUGCCAGCACUGCCUGGACCCCACCUCCCGUCACUGCCUGAACAUCAUGCCCCAGAGGACGAUUCGGAUCCUGACCGGCUGCUCGAACAGCGAGGUAGGAGUCAGUCAGCUGUCUAAUGAGAUGCAGAGCAACUUCCUCUAG